AUGGGUCGUGUAAGGUGCUACGCAAUCGCGUUGAUACCGUUGUGCCUUUUGCUGGUGGUAGAUUUGAGUUUAACGCAAACCUGUGGCACACGAAAGGUGGUAAACUUUCUUAUUGUGAACGGUACCGAAGCGAAGGACGGCCAUUGGCCGUGGCAUGUGGCCAUUUUUCACAACAAUGCUCGAACAUUCGUUUAUGCGUGUGGAGGAACAAUCGUGGACCAGAAUACAAUUCUAACGGCGGCUCACUGUUUGAUGACGUCGAAUGGGAUCAUUGCAAGAGAACGCCUCGUAGUGCAAGUUGGUCGAAAUCGACUACGCGUUGCUAGCAACCGCGCACAAGAACACGAAGCGUUCGAGUUGAUCGUACAUCCGGAAUAUAACGUCAACCGUAUUCAACACGAUAUCGCUCUGAUAAAGCUCGCUACCGACAUCACCUACACCGACUACAUCCAACCGAUUUGCUUGUGGAAUAGAGGUGAAGAUCAAAAUGCGAUCGUUGGCACUUGGGGCACUGUGAUCGGAUUCGGUGUUGAUGAGAGCGAUAAUCCAUCCGACACACUACGUGAAGCUAGAAUUCCCGUCGUUAGCGCUAUUACUUGUAUCGAAAGCAACCGCAACGCGUUUGCCACUCAACUUACCUCGAAUAUGUUCUGCGCUGGUAAUCGUGAUGGGGUCAGCGCCUGUAACGGCGACAGCGGAGGAGGUUUAUUCUUCAAGUACAAUGAUGUUUGGUUCAUACGUGGGGUGGUUUCUUUCACAAAGCCGCGUCAAGAUGUGCUUUUAUGUGACACGAAGGAAUACACCGUGUUUACGGAUGUGGCAAAGUAUUUGAGUUGGAUCGGGCAACACAUUCGCGGAACGUCUGGUCCACCGAUUGUGAUAGAGACUGUUAACAAUCGUAAAAUUGGGUUGCUACCGAUGUCCACCUGUGGUGCCAAUCCGUAUGGCAACAGGGAAGAAUCAUCUAAGCCGGUUUUGCUCGGAUAUCCUUGGGUGGGUCUGCUGGAGUAUACUGAGACUGGAUCAAGGGAAAAGAGAACGAUCUGCCAAGCGACAUUAAUUAGCGAUCUCUACCUAAUCACUGGCGCGCACUGCGUUAGCAGUAUUCCUAGGCGAUACACCUUAUCGUCCGUACGGCUGGGAGAGUACGACAAGAGUACGAUGACGGACUGUGCACAGGUGGAUGGACAAACGAUAUGUGCACCUCCGGUGCAAACAUUACGCAUUGAGUCGGUGAUCACGCACACGGGCUUCAACAAACCACGUUACGCGAACGAUAUUGCGCUUAUUCGACUGCGCGACCGAGCGGACACUAGUCGGAACAAUGUGAAACCAAUCUGUCUUCCAGUAACGAAUGAGCUACGCAGUCAGAAGCCAACCCAUUACACGCUGACAGCGUGGGCCUCUGGUUCUAGCGGCAACUUACUUGAAAGGUCGCAACGUGAGCUUAUCGAAUCAAUCGAAUGCCAAAAGCUGUAUACCGAACGUUCGGUCUUGCUGGAGAAAACGACCCGUCAGAUAUGUAUCAAACAACAACAGGAAUCCAGGCAGAGGUGUAAAUUCCCAUCCUCAGCAGCUCCUCUACAGCUGGUGCAGCAAGUGCAAGGAAAAAGUCGCUAUGUGCUGUACGGAGUGUUAUCGUAUGGACCAAAGAACUGCAGUGCGCUUUACCCAGACGUUUACACCAACGUGGCCAGCUACGUGGAUUGGAUUCUGGAAAACAUACAAGAGUAA